AUGUCUGUUUCGCAGGUGACAGCCCGGAAGACCGCCUACCAACCAUUCCAAUGUCUUGUCUGUCAAAGCCGCUUCACAAGACACGAGAAUCUGAAGCGCCAUUUUGCGCUGCACAACCGCUCGCAAAAUGAGGCUUCUUUACCUUGCGACUUUUGUCAUGCGACGUUCUCUCGACCGGAUUUGCGGAAUCGGCAUAUGAAGAGGAAACAUCCGGAUCAGCAGCAUAGCGAGGUUACGAAAACGCAGGCCGAUACGCAGACGCACAGAGCACGGGUGGGACAGAGAGAGUCGCCGCAGGAUAACUCUGCUUCAUUGUCUCCCGGGAACAGCGAGAAUGGACUACCGUCACAUCACUCGGGAGAAGAAGGCGAUUUGAACAUGGAUAACAUGGAUGGUGGGAUCUGGGCUCCAACUGUGCGAUACGAGCGUUCUCUCGACGAGCGCUCGCGCAACGGCGACGGAGAGAACACAAACUUCGCAAUAACUGCUCCCUCAACACGAGAACAACUAAAUGAGCCGACAUGCAUCAGCCAAAUCGUGCAAGAAGCAACCGACUUCGAGCAAAGUCUGCUUCACGGAACGCCCUUCUUAAAGGCACCCCAUAAUUUGAAUCUGCAGCCACACCAGAUGGCACCCCCACACUCGAGCUCACUCGAGGCAAGCCUACCUGGCUUCACCAUCAACUCCGACUCCCCCGACAGACUCCUAUCGAAUCACAACCUGGGCCUCCCAAAUGAUUGGUUUCCCACCGCGCACCAAGUCGCCCGCGGCUGCGAUCUCUUCUUCGCAUACGUCUCUCCCUUCGUCCCUUUCCUCCACCGACCAACCUUUGACGCGUCGCAAGUCCCCCCACACCUAAUAUUAAGCAUCCUUUCCCUCGGAUUCCAACACGGCGAAGACCCAGAAUGCGGCAAUCAAAUCGGGUCAGGCGCAGAACUGUCCUUACACUGCUUCCACCGCGCCCGAAGCCUAAUCCUCUCCAACGAAGAAGAGAUAGAACGUUUCUCCCACAUCUCAACCGUCCAAUCCUACCUCCUCCUCCAAAUCUGCGCAAUGAUGUACCUCUGUGGCAAAGACUCCGCCUGCGGUCUGAAAAUGCAUUCAGCCAUGAUCUCCCUCGCCCGCGCAGGAGGACUCAUGCAACCCGUCUCCAUCGAAUCCUCCACAACAACAGACCUCGACGCACUCUGGCGCGAAUUCGCCAGAACAGAAUCUCACAAACGAACACUUUUCGCCGUCCACCAGAUCGACGCGUUAUGGUACCAGUUCCUCUCAAUCCCACGUUCUAUCUCUCACCUCGAAAUAAAACACGACCUCCCCUGCCCAGAAGAAGACUGGAAAGCAUCUUCUCCUGCAGAAUGGGCUCAUAGACAACUCGUCUCAAGGCCUACGGGCCCCUCAGUCCAAUACGCCGACGCAGUCCGGCGCUUCCUAUCGCCAGACUCAGAUCUCUCUGAUAUCCCACCCUUCGACCCUUACGGUGCAAUCAACAUCGCGCAAUUCCUGAUCUCCAGCGCCAGAGAAAUAUCAGGCUGGUCCACGAUGACGGGAAUGCUAAGCAUGGAGCGAUUCGGGGCUGUCCGAUCAUCGCUCUUAGCGCUAGCACCCUUCAUCCGUCCACAGAUGGAAGUAGGAAGCAUUGCUUAUACUCAUACGUCCCUGUGUGAGGCAACCUGGGAAACAGCCAUGAUCGAGCUCCAAUUAUGGUCACCGUCACAUACUGGCGGUAUUGUCGAGGGGAGUAUUGAUGCGGUCCUGAACCAGUCGACGUAUCUAGCUCCCUCGUCUGGUUUCCUUUGUGAGCCCGAGACGGCGAAGGCGGUCCAGCCGUAUGUGAACUGGUUCCUGCGAUACCUUGAGGCUUCUGUUUCGCCGACCCCGGAAGCACCGUGGGUUGCGAUGUAUGCGUAUAAGGCGUUUUUGAUUGCGUGGCAGCUUGUGCGUGGUGGGAUUCCUGGGGCUAUGGAGGCUGUAGGGGUUGCGGAUGGGGAUGUUGAGGGUGCUUUGGCUUGGGCGAGGAUGGUGUUUUCGCGGAGACAGCGUUGGCAGUUGGGAAAGCUUAUCCUGGUUUGUUUGGAUUCGCUGGGGAAAUGA